GUGUGAGUAGCGCUGUUUAGUGGACAAUCAGCAGGUUUUAAGGUGGAAAUGAGAUGAGUGAUGGGUCUCCCCCGGACAGAAGGGCAGUGAGCACACGCGGUGGAGGACAGUGGAGUCUCCUCCUCCACCUGUCCGGAGCUGAGAAAGAAGUCCACCUCGCUGCGAGCAGACUCACACAGGAGCUGCAGACAGACGGUGGAUCAAGGACGUGCUGCAGAGUAACCACUCUCACACUUCGCAUCCCUUCAUGUGUUUUUCAUCAGCCGGCAGAAAAUGAAGACUGCUGUAAAGACUGCCAAAGAUUAAGGAUGAGGGAAAGCUGUGAGAAAUGCAAAUAUUAUUCAUGAAGUAAUUACAACAGGUGUGACACAACAAAUUAGCUUUAUUAGUUCCCCAGCCUUUGAAGUGAGCCCGGGAAAACCGUCAUGGAGCCGCAGCACAACAGCAAUCACAACCAAGCCCUGUGGAAGGAGAUACCGUGGGAUUUCACCGAGGAUUGCUCGCUCUCAGUGAGUGGCACCACUUUUCUCAUUGUUGCUUACAGUACAGUCAUGGCCGUGGGUCUCAUUGGGAACUCUUGCCUGGUGUUUGUCAUCACACGGCACAAGGAGAUGCGCAACGUCACCAACAUUUUCAUCGUCAACCUGUCUUUGUCUGACAUCCUCAUGUGCAUCGUCUGCCUGCCGGUCACCAUUAUCUACACUCUGAUGGACCACUGGAUCCUAGGAGACACUCUCUGUAAGCUCACGCCCUUCAUCCAGUGUAUAUCAGUUACUGUUUCCAUCUUUUCCCUCGUCCUUAUCGCCAUGGAGCGCUACCAGCUCAUCGUCCACCCGACUGGAUGGAAGCCUGUGGUGGGCCAGUCCUACCUGGCCGUGGCUGUCACUUGGAUCGUGGCCUGCCUAAUCUCAGUGCCUUUCCUCUCAUAUAGCGUACUCACCUUGCCUUUCCAGAACCUAACCAUCCCCUUCCCAGUCAGCGAUCACCCUGUUUGUAUGGAGCGGUGGCCAUCUCUUCAAGAACGGCGAGCUUACACCACCUCCCUGCUCGUCUUCCAGUACUUCCUUCCUCUUGCUCUCAUUAUGAUCUGCUAUCUGCACAUCUACAUGCGCCUAAGGAGGAGGAAGGACAUGGUGGAGCGCGGCAGGAACGCCACUCAAAAGAAAAACAAGGGCUCCACGAGGAUCAACGCCAUGUUGCUCUCCAUAGUGGUGGCAUUCAUCCUCUCCUGGCUCCCUCUCAACAUCUUCAACACGGUGUUUGACUGGAACCACGAAGCCAUCCCGUCCUGCAGCCAUGACCUCAUCUUCUCAUUCUGCCACCUCACGGCCAUGGCCUCCACCUGCAUCAACCCCAUCAUCUACGGUUUUCUCAACAGCAAUUUCCAGAAACACCUCAAGUCCACUCUGUUGCGCUGCCGCUGCUGGGGGGUGGCAGAGAGGUACGAGAGCGUCCCGCUCUCCACCGUCAGCACAGAGGUCACCAAAGGGUCAAUCUUGAGCAAUGGCUCUAUCAGCAUCAAUACUUAAAUCCAAGCCUUUCUAGUAAAAGACAAAGAAACUACUGGGGGGGGGGCUCUCCAGCCCUCAUUGUGUCAUCCUUUAGAGAUUUUCUCGCUUCAUUUUGUGCAAAAGCAAGGUUGACAUUUACAAAGUUAUAAAACUAACAAUAGCAGUCCAGAGGGAGCAGGCUGAAGACACUUAAACAGCAUGGCGCUGUGUCCUCGAUUCACUAUGAGUUCACGUGUAAGAGGAAGUAGAUAACAAAAUGAUGGUGCAAAGGUUGGACAAGUUUAAGUAUUGUUUGGCAACUGAAGACACUUUACAUGGGUGCUUUUGCAAUUGUAGUCUGUAUAGUCCAUUCCCCGUGUGCUGUGAAGAGAAAGCAUUUAAUGUCAUGUUUUCUUUCUCAAGUACUGGGGCCUAUUCUGAACUCAUGUUUAACUGAAUAUCAGCUGUUUUGAGUUUGCUUUUCACACCUUUACCUGCUGUAAAUGUGAGCAGUGGAACCACUGGAGGGUUUUGAAAGGACAAAAGGUUUGGGGUUGUUCUUUUCAAUUUUGCUGUUUUAUGUUAAUAGUAUUGAUGAAAAUAUUAAGGGAUUGUGAACUGUGAUGUGUUAGUGAUUAUUGACAGAGUAGCCUAUUACACAACUGAAGGAGAGAACAUUAGUGCAUUAAAUGUGGCUCCAGGUGUUCAUGCAGCCGAUCUACUGGCAUCAUCUUAAUGCAUUUCUUAUUACCUAAAAUCACCACAAAAGAUGUAAUAGUUUUUACAAAGAACCUUGGAAGGAGCUAUACAUUGCCGCUGUCUGCCAAGGUCUGUGUUCCAGUUACACUGUGUGUGUGUGUGGGAUGGUUUUUCUCAUAAAAUGUUCCCAUACAACAACCGUAUAUCAAGUGCCAUAAAACAAAAUAAAAACAGCAAAAAGGGACUUUGUCAGAGCGGGCUGCUUCUGCUGUAUAUUACAUUACUAAAUACGUGUAUGGCCUGUAAAAGAUGUGACACAGUUAGAGGCUAGUUUAUGGUGUGGUUGGCAAUAAAGAGCACCAUGUAGCAUAGCAGAUAUCUCCUAGGAAACCUGUUGUUGGUCACUUCUCUUUGUGGUAUUGAGCUGAAUUAAAACA